AUGAUCGGUCUGGUCUCGCCAUUCGCUGGGAUUCACAAUCUCGACCUCUCCCCGGAUUCUCUUUCAAUUGCAGAUGGAGCCCACCAGAUCUGGGGUCAACUCACCCCACAUGAUGAUGGCUCCUUUGACUCGGUCCCUGCGCAUGAUGUGGGGCCAUCUGUAAUACGCGCCUAUCAAUCCGAAGCGGAAAUUGCCAAUGCCUACUAUAUUUAUAUUCAUCCAUAUCUACCUUUGUUGCCGCCUCCAGUGGCACCGCAGCAUGAAGAACAUCCUACUGUGAUCAGGCCAUUUGGAGAAAGUCAACAAGCGGAAAAGUCACAUAUGCCUUAUUGGCCGACGUCGUCUUUGAGUCUUGCUUUGUCCGCAAUGCUGGUCCUCAUACCUACCGCCGAAGAUGCCUUUCCGAUGGCUGAAACGAACCUUGGGCUUAGGCGUUCGUACGCACAGCUAUUUGCCCAGGCGGCGUUGACUGCUGUGGAAAGUGAGACUGAUAAUCUGGCGCCUGUUUUGAGCACUAAUGUACCUGAGAUAGGAUCCUCUCGAGAACAAACUGAUUUGCAUCCUCAGGUACCUGCUCAGCUUUAUCCGGUUUUGGCUCUCGUGGUCCUUGCUAUUUAUGAGUAUUGCCAGCGUGGUAAUAUAUCCAGAAUGCGGGCUCGAGGUAACCAGGCUAUCACAACUGCUAUGGAUAUCUCCAUUCAUAGACUUGACUCGACAACGACGGAUUAUUCUGAGGCACAGAGACGAGCUUGGUGGAUGACGCCAUGGCCCAUAAUGAUGAAAGCACAAGAGGCUCUCUUCGAGUCUAGCAAAAUGGUCCAGAACAUCGAACGUGUAGGUGAGACAGCCGUUCUCUCCGAUUUCGGCACCCGAAUACGCAACCUGGAUUCAAAUCUUGUAUCUUUAAUUGGCGAAGCAGACCGUCAUCUUUUGACGACUUUCGAUGGAGAGCCAGAGGCAUCUGUAGCACAAACCAUGUGGAUGGUCAGCCGCAUGUUCAUCCAUGCUGCUCGCACUCGAUUACACCGCUUCCGCGCAUUCAUGGAUAUCCCCCUUUUCCUAGACAAAUACUGCGAUCUUGCAGCAAUCAGCAGCGCAGAUUUUCCGCACGAAACAUCUGCUCCCAAAUGGGCGACAGACUGCGAGACCUCGUUCCCGUUCACCGAGCAAGAAUCCUCAAUUAUUUGCCUCAAGUCUGCGCUCGUGGUAACGACAAUCUAUCGCAAUUUGCCGUAUCCGAAUCCACUUGCGUCAGCUCCUUCUAGGUCCACGACAUAUCCGAAAACCAUUCCUUACUUUGCUUGCUCAGCUAUGCAAAGCUGCUACGCUCUUCUUAUGCUAUUGCAUCGACUGCGUGCUUCUCUAGCGAUGGAUCGGCUUGAAAGUUGUUAUCACCUGCUUAAUAACCCUACUCCUGCCUCGGAGAUUGCUGAUGCUGAGAGAUUGAGGGAGGAGUUGCGAAAUGGGGUGGAAAUACUUGGUAGAUAUCUGAAGUCGGAUGUUAUUUUUGAGGGUGUUGGGGGUAUGGGACGGGAAAUCGAGGGCGCUUAUCUGGCUGCUUUUCCAAAUUGCUUUGAGAUCUAG